CUCCUGUUCAAGGAGCGCGAACGGUUAAGGACCCAAAAUGGCGAAUAUGGAAGAAAUCAGUUAGGCUAACGGGAAUAACGUGAUAUGGACACUUUAAGACGUUUUAAUACCUAAAUAACGGGUUUGUUUCUUUUCUACUAUAGGUGACAAGUUAUUUAGGUAAACGGCGAGCGCUACACCUAUGUUACAUUAGUAGAAGUUAAUUUUUUAUCACGUAAAGUUGAGUUUUGGUAGCUACGCUAGUUAGCUACAAGGCGUAUAGAAGAAGGAUAGGACACGCGUCAUCAUGUGUCAUAAUACUCGUCGAAAUUGAGCCAAUCAAAACGCAGGACCGCAGCUUCAGAUACACUGCACAUGCGUGAUACCACUCAUCCCAAGACCGUGUCCUAGCCUCCGUUUAUAGGCCUUGGGUAGCUAGAAACAUGAAGUGUAGUUAGUUAGCAGCUGUAAGUGGCGUCUCUGCCCACAAACAAUGAAAUAACAGCGGAUCUGAAUACAUUUGAGCAAGGCUGACCUGUUUUAAUGCCUUAUCGAUGAGUUAAGGAGCUCUGGAGCCACUGCAGCUGACAUUAUGGCUUUACACAACUUGGUUUUUGUCAUCGAUGUGGAUUAUGGAGAUCAGCUGGAUGCCAGGAAUCAUCUCCUGAAACGAGGAUUAUUACAAACCCUGCUGCAUUUCGGCUACAAGUAUGGAUUUGACAAAGUGCGAUGGGGUUAUAAGUUCUUUCAGUCCAAGACUGGCCGCAGUGCAAGCCUCAUAUCCAGGGGGUCUGACUUCAAGGAGCUAAGACACAAAACUUUUGAGGACUUUGAAGUGGAGUUUGAUGCCAAGUUUGACCUGAAGGAUAAACCAUCUCAGCAGCAGCAAUCCAAUCAUUCUGCCUCCUCGGUUCAAAAUGCACUCAAAGAAACCUUACUGGACUUCCAGUGGGACAGACCAGACAUCACCUCUCCCACUAAACUGUCCUUGAGGCCAAGGAGGUCGAGCCGAGCUGGAAAGCCCAGUGUUUCACAGGAGGAGGAUAUUUCAAACAACGGGAGGAAUGUGGUGUUUAUUGUCUCGGAGUGUCCACGAUCCAGGUCACAACUUGUGGACUAUCUUUCUUUGGGAAACCGUGAGCUGCCUGCAGAUGUGGCUGAGCACAUAAUACCCAGGGGCCUUCACGACAUGCUGAUGCAGCGACAGGUGGUGCUGCACUGGAUUGACAGUAGAUCACAUGUCCAGGUCAUGAGGUGUGAGGAUCACCUCAGCUUUCACAAGCUGUCUGAGGUCCUAGCUCAGCUGGGCGGCAGAGUGAUCCCCGUGGUUGCACUGCUGAACCUCUGCUCCACUCAAAAGCCAGACUCUGACAUCAGGAGAGAGACUUUUGCAUUCAAGUCCAGCAUUGGAUACCUGCUGUCGUCUGAAAGGCUCCACCGCCUGGCUUUUCCUGUCAUAGGCGGUGUUCUGCAGUGGGAGCAAGGUGAUGUGACACAGAGCUGUGGCAUCAUGGUUGAGCCAGUGUCUCGCAGACAGAGGCUUCUCCCAGAGUCGGUGGAAGUGUGUCUGAAAGGAGUGCUGCAGGACUGGCAUGACUCUUCACUGACGCAGACCUCCACAGAGUCCUGGGUGCUCCAGUGCUCCAGCAGCUGUGACCAGGGAGCUGCUGCUGCCUUUCAGCAUCUCCUGAUGGAGCUGUCUGCUCAUGCUCUCCACAUGCUUUCUGAGGUGAAUGACAGCGGCCUGGUGUGUUCAGCUGUCCUCUCCCCGUUGUCACACACUACAGCUCUGCUCACCAUCCUCCAGUCUGGAGUCACUCAGCACGACCAGUUCCUGACCACCAAAAUCAUUGCCCCCGCCACAGCAGAAACCUCAGCUGACCUGCCAGAUGUUGUGAACAGUGUUCUGGGAGUAGUGUAUGACAUCAUGGAGGAGGAUGAUGACACUGUUGAUGACCAACCAAAGGAUCAUCAGGUUCCUGAGUGGGCUCAACAGGAAGUCGGCCAUUACCCGCUGACAACAGGCGUGUUGGAGAGUUGGUUCCCUCUGUCAGACCAGUCAGGAGUGAGUUCCCAUUUAAUGGAGUCAAUGAGGUUGCUGGAUGCAGUGCCAGAGCAGAUAGAAGAGGAGGAGAUGUCUGUCCUACAGCAGGAGCUGAUCAGUGGUCUGGCUGAAUUGUAUCAAACAUCCCGGGGCGCAGAUACCAAGAGGGGCAAGAAACGUGGCGCCCAGCGCACACCGGUGAAACAGAAGAUGAAGACCAUGAGCCGUUCUCUGCAGAUGCUGAAUGUGGCGCGGCUGAACGUCAAAGCCCAAAAGGACCAAGCAGAGGCUGAGCAGCUGGGGGCCGAGAGCAGGGCGCCAGACCGACAGGGGAAGAGACGGUCAAGUGACAGGAACAAAUCUGGAGGAGCGAACACCAUCAGUUUCAGUAGUGAGGAGGAGCUGCUGUCCCAUCUGAAGUGCAGUUACGAGAAGACUGCGGCAGAGAGAGACUUGUCCCUCCUCACUGGAGUCCGACAGCUCCUGUUUGCUGUGAAAAGCUUCCUCGUGACAGAAUCAGACCUGCAGGUAAAGACCUCCCUGUUUGUCCAGCAGCACCUUCUCAAGAGCAGCAAAUCAAUCAGGCAGCUCUGUGGCACGGCUGCUGAUGUUGAUAGCAAAGUCAGAGAGUGCAAGCUUCAGGCGUUGCUGAGGCUGGAGUUGUGCAGACUUUUCUCCACGGAGCAGUCCGACUCACUGGAUGUUGAUCAGAUGGCAGAGGAGGUGGCUGAAAUGCUCAGGAUAAUUUCCCUAACAAAAGACCCGGUUUGCCUAGCCAGGUUCCUUGGAGACGAAGUCCUCCCAGGGUUCCUGACCGCCGUCCCCAGAGUGCUUGCAGACAUCUACCAUAGUCUGGGCACCCAGCUCCCUGAGGCUCUGAUGGCUGUUCUGCCUGCUGACUUCUUCAGCGACGAUUCCGUUGCCAAAGACAGCGUUUCUCCUUCAGCCUCCUCACCUCCCCUCUCCACACAGAGCGUGCUUUCGGAUGGCAGAGAUCGCCUGCAGGACCUGCGAGAUCGCUCCGCUAGCAAGAGGAGGAGUGGGAUGCUGACUCGUCAUCGCAGUAUGACUGAAUCAUCACAGAGUCAUCGCCAAAUAGAGAUCCCCAAAAAGACUACAAGAGCUUCCAAAUCAAAGGUCUGUGUUGCUUUGGAGAAACCUGUUGCAGAACCAAAACCUCAACCUCAACCUCAGAAACAAGAAACACAAGAGGUGACGAAGGUGAGAAGAAACCUUUUCAACCAAGAGAUUGUUUCCCCCUCAAAGAAAGCCAAGCUGCCGAGGAGCCAGUCUGUGUCCGCAGUAGAAGGCUUGAAACGCAAGCGAUCUCUUGAAUCUGAAGAGAGGCACAAACUUCUAACAAAGAAAGUGUGUGAAACGCCCCACCACAAGCAAGUGUCUAGUCGCCUCCUUUAUCGACAGAAAAUGGGACGGAGAUCCGUUCCUUCUGAGGAGUGCAUUGUGGAAGAGUCACCAGUAAAACCUGCUGAAGACCUACGAAGGAGCCCAAGGAUAAAGAAUCUUACUCGAAGACACUCAAACGUCUUCUACUCAAGUUCUCAGCCUCGCUCCCGCAACCUGGACAGGGCUCUCUCUGCAUCCCAGCUGACUCUCAGCGAAGGCAAAAUCAGUGGAGUUAAUGUGAAAGCAGUUCGUUCUCCCAUGCGUCUUCUUUUUGGGGCUGCUGUUUCCCCCGGUCGUCCUUCUGACCAGUCUGGUGCAACCAGGCUCACCAGGUCACGGCUGUCAACAGAAUCUAGUGUUUUUGAGAGUCCAAAUAAAACUCCAACAAAGUCACCCGGCAAACGUGGGAGGGCCAUGCACAGGAUCACAACACCCAAGACACCCAAGACUCCUCGAACACCAGGGUCCCCCAAAACACCACCACCAUCCAGGAAGUGUAUUUUCCCUGUUGCAGAGAGCCCUGUUGCGGGCAGCUCUCGUGAACUUGGUAUGGCUCUGAGAGGCAGUCCUUUCAGAUCUCCAGCCAGACAGACUCUUGUGAUAGAAACACCUACUAAGGAGAGCCCCGUGAGGAGCCCACUGAAGGGUAUUCUCAGGACUCCAGUCAAGGCCUUGGUUGAAUGCCACUCCUCCUCUGGAUUACAUCGUCUCAUUAGCCCAAUUUCCAAGACUCCCAAGAAGAGCGUCACGUGGUCUCCAUCCCCUCGAAAGUGUAGAGUGGCAGAGAGCAGCGCUACUUUCAAGGUGCCAGAGUCGCCUCGUACUGAAUCCCGCACUUCGCCGAGGCUGGUGAAAACACCCAACAAAUUCAGUAGUCCUGUCCAAAGCACAAACACUAAAAGAGACAUUUUCGAGACCCCAGAAAAGACUGCAAAUAGUGUUGGUUUGAUACAGGAAAAAAAUCAGAGGUCAUCUGAAAAACGUCACAACAGGAUGAAAACACCUGAAAAAGGUGACUCUGUGAGUCUUCUGGAAAUGCCUCCUCCACAAUCCACACCACCUCCAGACCACUACCUGUCACCUAAACCCAACUAUAGAACUCAAUCCAGGACCCCUAGUCCUACUCACAACAUGAGCACUCGUUCUGGACGAACUCCAGGCAAAUGUUCAAACAUUGCGUCCCCAUGUAAGCCAGUAUUUACACCAGCAGCAGGCACUACUGUUUCAGAAGAAUCAAAUACUUCAGUAAAGUCUCCAGCAAAGUCCCUAAAAAGAACAAGGUCUGGUCAAAGUGCUGGAACCACCAGACAUAACCUAAGAUCCCAGUCUAGUGAGAAUGUUUCCUCCAAACUAAACACAGAAUCUGUUAAGAACUGUGACCUUGUGGAAAAGAACAUGCAGUCAGAUACAAAAGACGAGGUACAAGCUGAACCCUCCCAAACCUCUGAAACUGACUGUAGUUCCCACACAGAUUCACAGCAAGUUGAGUCUUCACGUUUUAACUCCACAGACGAUGAUAGUAUGGACAUUGUAGAUGCUGCAGUUGUAAAGACACAGUUUAGUGGAGGUAUCAAGAUGAACAUUAGCUUUUCCCGGAAGCCCUCAAAGUCCAGUGAAGACUUUUUAUCGAACGAAGUCUCUCCUAAAUCAAGUGUGCCGCUCCAAGGCACCCCUGGGCGGAUCUACGGCUUCCGGCAGACCCCUGACCGCCAACAGAGGGAGGCUGCUGCUCGUUUGGGGUACGGAAAUGAAUCCCCUCGAUUUUCGACCCCUAGAGGCCCAGCGAGACUUAGUCGACAAAAGGGCACGGGCACUCCGAACCCUCUGACUUACCAAGUAGAAUUGGAAAUGCAAACAUCAGGACUUCCCAAGCUCAAAAUCAAACGCACAGAUUCCAUGAAUGCGGGCGAUUUCGCCUCGAGCCCUUUAGUUGGUGUGAAACCGUCUCAGCUGGAAAGCCCCUUGGCUUUGUUUUCUAAGCACAGAGAUCCUGGAUGUGUCUCACCGUCUGUCUGUACUCAUGUCACCCCGGCCAAGAGCACGCCUGGAAAAGGUGGAAGCGUCCAAACUUACAUCUGCCAGUCUUACACCCCUACACGCCAUCCUGCGGGGACAAUGUCUCCAGUGGCAACUGCAGACCUCAUUCCCCUGACUCCUUCACCUCAGAGUGUAGGGAAGGUGACCCCAGACAACCUCAACAGCUGGCCUCGCAGGAAGAGAGCUCAGGUUGGAGUGGUUGGAGGCAAGGAUCGUGGCCUGAAGGUGGAGCCUUUGCUGGGGGAGUUGCUUGAGGAAGCUGAGCUUGGUGUCAGCAGAUUGCAGGACGUUGAGGACACGGAUGAACCCUCAAACAACAAAGCUGCAAUAUUAGUUUUGACGUCCAAACAGUCGCCCCGAGUUGCAGAAGAUGCAUCUCCUCUUUCUCCACUGGAGGACUUGUACUGGAUGGAGAAGCUGGCCCAGCAGGCUGACUGUGCUGAUCCUCAGAGAGCGGAAGAAGACGUCAUAUGGGGCGCUGGAAAUGGAGACGUCAAGUCAAUAGCAACUCCUCCCAGCUCAAAGGUGAGGAAGUCGGUGACAGCGAGUGGGAUUUUGGCCCUCACUCACUCUCCAUUGUUGUUCAAGGGAAAAAAGGGCUCUGCUAGUAAGAGAACACCAAAUUUUAAAGAUGAGGCUGCAUCGGGGAGGAAGAUGGAAGCUGAUGAAGUGGACCUGUCUCCUUUCAGCCAGCCGGUCAGCAGACGCUCAAACACAGGGAAGUCCUACAGCAGAAAGAGGCUGCUUCACUGAACCACAACACCGUCUGGCAAGCAAAGCAAAAAGAUUGUCCAUUCUGUGUUUCACUGUGAAGCUGUGAGCCUUUCUCAGCCAUAUUUUGUCAGGAGUGCUUUUGAUGGCAGAUCUGAAAGACGUCUUUCAAGCACCACUUGAAAGGCUUCGCAGAUGAAUGAAUGUCCCUCUCAGUCUCCUCCACCAACACUUUCAACCCUGACAUUUUCUGUUCCAACCAGUCGCUUUUGUUUUAAUCAGGACAUUUUAAGAUUAUAGGUAGGUUUAGCACUGAGUUGAAAAGCUAUGCAGUUCUGCCAAGAUGUUUAAAACUGUUCCUAUUAAUGAUUUUAUCUGCAGUUUUCUGCAUGGAAGCUAAAACGUUGGAAAAAUGGUGAUAUCAUGUCAUCAUUGUAUUUGAAAAUUUACAAAUUUUACAAUCAAGUCUAAAGUCUACAGUUGUUGAUAUAAAUACUAUUCAUGUUUAUUUAUUAGUUUGUUUUUGUCAUAAACUUGCUUUUAUGUGAAAGGGAAGGGCCUAAUGAUUGAUUCAUAUUGUAAAUAUCUUAUGUUGCCAAAGUCUUAUGUAAAUAAAUAUCAGUUUUCAUAAUUAA